GGUGACGUAAGCACACAUGCCUCAAUUUUGCAUUCAUUUCACUGUGUUGAUCAUGGCGAGUUGCGGGGAGCUUCUCCGAUACUUUCGUUGGAGUGGAUUAUAAAGUUUGAUCAUUUCUUAUUCAUUGGAAUAUGGUGACUUGUAAUUAAAUGACCUAUGUCGAAUUGAAUGAUAGCAGUUCCUUGGACCGGUUACCUCCCAGAAAAGUGGAAAUUCGUUGUCAAAGUUGUGUUGUAAACUUGUUCCGAAAAAGCGAUGGGGUCGAGCAGCAGAAGUUCGGGGCCCCGUAAGCUGGCCAGCGUGGUGUUGAGUUUAGUGAUCGGGUUCGCUCUGGCUACCUGGUUGCGGAUGGUAUGGGUUCCGGCGGGUAAGUCGUGCCACAGUCAAAACUUCGAAAGAGAUGACCCAUUUCUCUCGACGCCUGAACCGAAUCACCCAUCGAAAAACUUAUUGAUGGUUGGCGUUAUGACGGCUGCCAUUUUCUUAGAAACUAGAGCUGUUGCUGUAAACAGAACUUGGGCACAGACAAUCCCGGGGCAAGUUGCAUUUUUCUCGAGUGGGGCGUCCAACGUCCCACCUGAAUGGAAUCUUCCCGUUAUUAGUUUGCCUGGUGUGACGGACGCUUACCCACCUCAGAAAAAGUCAUUUAUGAUGUUGAAAUACAUGCAUGACAAUUUCAUUGACAAAUAUGAAUGGUUUAUGAGAGCUGAUGAUGAUGUAUACAUCAAAGGCGAUCGCAUGGAAUCAUUCCUGCGAUCGCUGAACAGCAGCCAUACAUAUUUCAUAGGGCAAGCAGGGCGAGGGAAAGUGGAGGAAUUGGGGCUGUUGCAUUUGGAAUAUGAUGAUAAUUUUUGCAUGGGAGGAACUGGAAUGGUUUUCAGCCGGGCCACCCUCAGGAAAAUGAUACCUCACGUCAGCUACUGCCUCAAGAAUUUGUGGAGCACCCACGAAGAUGUCGAAGUUGGCCGGUGCAUCAAGAAGUUUGCGGGGAUCGAUUGUACUUGGUCGUAUGAGGUAAGAUAACACCCCUUUUCAAGUAAAAAAGAAACUCGAUCAUAAAGUAGAAAGAUCAGAAAAUGAGAAAUGGCGAGUGUGAGAAAGAAGUGGUGUUUUGUUGAUAUUGGUUUAUUUGAGAAAAGUAGCAAAUACAAAAUAGAAUACAAGGUUCAAGAAACUCAAUUUACAAGGAAAAAAAACAUUAAUAGUAAAAGCUAAAUGUAAAUUAAAGGGCAAAUGAAAAACAGUGAACACAAAUAUUCUUUGUACUUUAUGUGAAAGAGAGAGCAAGAGAGAAAGAAAAAACAUACACCUAAAUAUGAUACAUAUAGAGGUUAGAUGAAUCAGAGUAUUAUGUAUUAUACAUCUUAUUAUAUCAGAUCUAUUGGAAAUUUUCUGAGAGCUGCUUUUCUUGAGGUAGUUUGCUUGGGGAUUUGUUUGCUCUUCCUGUUGGAUCUUUAACUUAAAUAGCACAAAUAAGAAGUUUCUCCAGAUAUGUAGUCCAGUCCAGAGAAUGGACACCAUAUACAGUACUGUAUGUACAUGUAAGCUUUCUGAUGUUAUCUAUGAAAAGAAGAAUAAUGUCCUGGGCUCUGUAACACAAAGGCUAGCGAUUAAUCGCUAAAUGAAAUGGCCUAUCAAGAUCA